AAAAAAAAAAGUAAAACUUUCAAAAUCAUAAAAAAAUCUGCCAUACCAUUUUCUGGAACAAUCUUCAUCUUCCUUGCCAUUUUUGAACUCUCUAGAGUCUCUAGAACUUUUCCUUCCUCUUAUAAAUCCCCUUUCAUCAGCCAAUUUCUUGUUCUUCCAAAAAUCAUAAUUGCAACCAUCCAAAACUUUAAUUUCAAUCCUUGAUUUCUGCUACUCUGUUUUGAUUUCGAAUACUUAGCGAAUUCAUCAAUGGAGGACGAUUUUGAGUUUCCAACCAGCUCAGGAGCUGUUGAAGAAGAUAUGGAUAUGGAAAUGGAAAAUGACGAUGAUGUGGUUGAUGAAAUUCCGGCGUUGAAGGUUGGUGAAGAGAAGGAGAUAGCUAAGACUGGAAUGAAGAAGAAGCUUGUUAUUGAAGGUGACGGUUGGGAGAAGCCUUCUAUUGGCGAUGAAGUUGAAGUCCAUUACGUGGGAACACUGCUGGAUGGGACUCAAUUCGAUUCGAGCCGAGACAGGGGAACUCCUUUCAAAUUUAAGCUUGGUCAAGGGCAAGUGAUCAAAGGAUGGGAUGAAGGUAUUAUAACAAUGAAGAAAGGAGAGAAAGCACUCUUUACUAUACCCCCUGAUAUGGCCUAUGGAGAAUCUGGUUCUCCACCCACUAUCCCUCCGAAUGCAACCUUGCAGUUUGAGGUUGAAUUGCUUUCCUGGACUAGUGAAAAAGAUAUAUGCAAAGAUGGAGGAAUAUUGAAGAAGAUACUUGUUAAAGGUGAUGGGUGGCUGAAUCCGAAAGAUCUUGACGAAGCUUUAGUUAAAUAUGAAGCUCGGCUUGAGGAUGGAACAUUGGUGUCUAAGUCUGAUGGAGUGGAAUUCACUGUCAAAGAUGGGUUUUUCUGUCCUGCAUUGGCGACAGCCGUGAAAACCAUGAAAAAGGGCGAAAAGGUUACUUUGAGAGUUAAACCACAAUACGCUUUUGGGGACAAUGGUAGACCAGCUUGUGGUGAUGAAGCAGCUAUUCCACCAGGUGCCACCCUUCAGAUUACUCUGGAGCUGGUUUCAUGGAAGACGGUUUCAGAAGUGACCGAUGACAAGAAGGUUCUCAAGAAGAUUAUCAAAGAAGGUGAAGGUUAUGAGCGCCCCAAUGAUGGUGCCGUUGUUCAGGUGAAACUAAUUGGUAAGCUACAAGAUGGCACUAUUUUUGUGAAGAAAGGGCAUGAUGAUGAGAAUUUAUUUGAGUUUAAAGUCGAUGAAGAACAAGUUAUUGAUGGCUUGGAUAGGUCAGUUAAGACGAUGAAGAAAGGUGAGAUUGCACUAUUAACAAUUCAACCUGACUAUGCAUUUGGUGCAUCAGAAUCCCAGCAAGAGCUGGCAACUGUACCUGCCAAUGCAACUGUGUUUUAUGAAGUAGAACUGACUUCAUUUACCAAGGAGAAAGAGUCAUGGGAUAUGAAUACAGCCGAGAAGAUAGAAGCUGCAUCUAAAAAGAAAGAAGAGGGGAACACUUUAUUCAAAGCUGGAAAAUAUGAAAGAGCAUCAAAGCGAUACGAAAAGGCUGUGAAAUUCAUCGAGUAUGAUUCGACAUUUAGUGAUGAAGAGAAGAAACAAGCUAAGUCAUUGAAGGUUACAUGUAACCUUAAUAAUGCUGCUUGCAAGCUGAAACUGAAGGAUUACAAGCAGGCUGAAAAGCUUUGCACCAAAGUGCUGGAACUUGAUAGUAACAAUGUAAAGGCACUCUAUAGAAGGGCACAGGCAUAUAUACAAUUGGUUGACUUAGAUUUGGCAGAGAUUGAUAUCAAAAAAGCACUUGAAAUUGACCCACAUAACAGAGAUGUGAAGAUGGAGUACAGGAUUCUAAAGGAGAAAGUAAGAGAAUAUAACAAAAGGGAUGCACAAUUCUAUGGAAACAUAUUUGCAAAGAUGAAUAAACUAGAGCAAAUUAAAUCAAAUAAAAUGCCAUCAACUCAAGACCCAAUGCCAAUGGCUGUUGAUAGCAAGGCAUAAGUUAUAGAUGUUCUAUUGUUCGUUCCUAAUUGUUGUUUGUGUCACGUUAUCUAAUUGUUUGUGUCAUUUGGCAUUAAAAUUCUGGCAUAUUGUUAUAUUGGCCUCAAAUAAAGGCAUUUGGUUGAGUCGUGAAUUGUAAGCCUUGUACGUAGAGGUAUUUGUGUAACGUAUGUGAUGUGUAAUUUUUUUUUUGGGUCAAGAGUUAGUAUUUGAGUUAAUAUUUUGGGUCACUUAGUAUUUGAGUUAAUAUUUUGGGUCUUUUUUCUUUUUUAAAGUUGUAUACUUGUAUCAUUUAUAACUUUAAAUAAGAAUGUGCUUUGA